CGAUUCCCCUUUCUAAAUCAGUUUUUCUAUAGGCUCUGUUGGCCCACUUCGUUGCCUUCUUUCGUAUUCUUGUUUCUGGGUUGCAGAGUGUAGACUCGAUUCCUCAUUAAUUUCAAUCCUUUCAGUUUCUUCAUAAAUAACUUCCAAUCGAAGAUCAUUCGACUGUUAUUUUUCAUCACAACAAUCGAACGUUCAUACAUCCUUUCAGGGUUUUCCUUACUUAAAUCAAGUCUUCUUCUUGAAUCUUGAUAGACUUCUUGUUUUCUACUAAUCUUGUUGAUAACGGGUUUUCUCUUCUUUACUUCAAAUUUCGUUAUUUAAUUGCUUUUCAGGUAUUCAUAGUUUCUUGGUUAUUUGUAAUUUAAGCGCUAUCGUUCUUGAUCUAUAUCUUCUCCAAGGGAGUAUGAAAGGGAAAUUUGCGAUAUCAGGAACCAGCUUCCCGUUAAAUACAGGCGCCAAGAUUCCGGCCAUAGGCCUCGGGACAUGGCAGAGCGGCGGCGGCCUCUGUGCGGAGGCCGUGAAAACGGCUAUAUCCGCUGGAUACCGUCACAUUGACUGUGCACACCUUUACGGGAACGAAGCUGAAGUUGGCGAAGCUUUAUCUCACGUUUUCAUGGGUUCAAUAAAAAGAGAAGAUCUUUUCUUGACAUCAAAGCUAUAUUGCACCAUGAAUUCCAUCAAUAAGAUCGAAAAUUCUCUUAGAGUUUCUCUGAAGAAUCUUGGAGUCUCUUACUUGGAUCUUUACUUGAUGCACUGGCCGGAAAGCCCGGAGUUUGGUGACGCCACUGAUCCUCCGGCACAUUCAAGUAGCGAAUAUAGACAGUUAUGGAGUAAGUUGAAAACAACAUGGAAAUCAAUGGAACGAUUGGUGGAUUUGGGUCUUGUUCGAGCUAUUGGAUUGAGUAACUUCAACAUACAACAGAUAAAUGAGUUGCUUAAAUUCGCCAGAAUUAUACCUGCAGUAAACCAGGUGGAGUUGCAUCCUUUUUGGAGGCAAGAUGAGCUUGUCAAGUUUUGUCGAUCAAAAUCCAUUCAUGUAUCUGCUCACACACCCUUAGGAGUACCAACGGGUCCUAAACAAUCUGAAAACGGGUCAAGUGAGGAAGAUCCUGAAACACAUCGAAUGUCGUUUAGAAGGUCAAGAUCGGUUCAUGGGCCGAUGCUAAAGUUGUCGGUGGUGGCUGAAAUAGCCGACAGACAUAAAAAGACUCCCGAACAGGUUAUUUUGAGGUGGGGUCUUGAAAGAGGGACAAGUGUGUUGCCAUGUAGUGUGAAUCCUGACAGAAUACAUGAGAAUAUUGAUAUAUUCAGCUGGGGCUUGUCGGACGAUGAAUAUGAGAGGUUAAACCAGAUAGAGCCGCAGGUAUGUCUGUUUGGAAAUGGGCCUUCGGAUGCUGUCUCUGAGAAUGAAGGGUCUGUGCUUGGGAGUGGUCCUCUUCAAUCCGUUGAUGAAGAUGAUGCUGAGUAAAAAUGUUAUUUUCUUGUGCAUGAUGGGAUACUAAUAGGUCGUAUUUUCACUUGGAGUUGAAUUUGUGAAUGUUUUCUUGGGAUGAAGUAUGUAUAAAAGAUGGAUGUUACCUUGUCCAUUUAUUCUUUGCUUGUUAUUGUAUAAAUUGAGAAUUCAAGUAAUACAUAAAAAUCGUUCAUGUA